GGGCGGCGCACGCGCGUGCACGUCCGGCCCGGAGCCCAGAGGCGGAGGAGAAGCAAAGGUCCGCUCUGAGGGCUCGGGCUGGGAAACUGAGCGGCGUCCCAGCGGUGCAGACGCGAGCGGGCGGCUGGGGCUGCCAGGAUGAAAGAGGUGGAGAAGCUGGAAAGCCUGCGAGAAGACUGGGUUUGUGACUCUGGCGCUGAAGGGCAGCCCCUCCAUGGCGGCCAGGCCAAAAGCUGUGAACUGCUCUUCGACAGCCUCUUGGAGGAAGCCCAGAAGGUUGGCACUGAGUGCUUGCCCUCUGCCGACAGGAAACAGGCUGACGUGAGUAUUAAGCUCUGGAAGAACGGGUUCACCGUCAACGACGAGUUCCGCAGUUAUGGGGACGGGGCCAGCCAGCAGUUCCUGAACGCCAUUAGGAAAGGGGAGCUGCCCCUGGAGCUGCAGGGCAUGUUUGACAAGGAGGAGGUGGAUGUGAAGGUGGAGGACAAGAAGAAGGAGGUCUAUGUGUCCAAGAAGCCCGCCUUCCAGCCCUUCUCAGGGCUGGGCCACCGGCUGGGGAGCGCUACCCCAAGAAUAGUUUCCAGGGUAAGCAGUGGGAACUCUGGGCACCCGAAUCCUCCGAGCUCCGUCCCCUUGAACCCCUCGGAGCCCAUCACCAGCGUCCAGAUCUGGCUCGCCGAUGGAAAGAGGCUCGUGCAGAGGUUCAACGUGUCCCACAGGGUGAGCCACGUCCGAGACUUCAUCAGGAAGUACGAGGGCCCCCAGAGGAGUCGGCCCUUCACGCUGGUCACCGCCCUUCCUGGCCUCAGGCUGCUGGAUGACGCCCUCACGCUGGAGGAGGCGGAGCUGCAGAAUGCCGUGGUCAUCCAGAGGCGCCAGGCCCCUCACGCCGCCCUCCAGGGCCUGUCCUAGCCCCAGCUCCAGAGCCGCUGGCGGGGGGGUCCCUGGCCCGUCUGAGCUCUGGCAGACGUGGCUGCUCUCCAGCACCUCCGGGCCCUUUCCUCCCCAAGAUCGCGGCCGGGAGCCAGGAGCGGCGGGAAGUGGCUGGACGGCAGGAAGCGGCUGGACGGCACGAGUCUUGGGUCUGGCUCGUUCUUAGGUGACUCUUAGAAACAUUAGAUGCUUCCCCUUCACCUGGCCCUGGGCCGGAGCCUCGGGUCCAACAAGCUCCCUGUGGCGUCCCUCUACCCCCACGAGGGGCCACUCCUCAGGGUCCCCCUCUGCCCGCCUCCGUCAAACAGGCCGGCUCCUGUCCGGAGCUCCAGGGGGCGCGGUGGCCGAGCUCCCCGGCCGCCCCCUGCAGGUUCUUUCUUUGUGGCGACUCUAAGUGUGAGCGAUUAAG